GACGAUGGAUCCUGCGAUAGUGGAGAUUUACAGGAUGGCAACGUUGCAUUAAGUGAUGUCAUUGAAGUCAUAGCGACUGAUCCAGAUUUUAGACAGAGAACAGAAACAAAAAAUCCCGAAAUGUUCAAUGGAGGAGGAGAAAUUCCCGUACCACAACCUAUCAAAUCGUCGAUACAGGCUCGAAAACAAGCCUACGUGAAGAUCGUCGAGCAACCGGCGUCGAAGGCCCUUCGGUUCCGGUAUGAGUGCGAGGGCAGGUCGGCGGGGUCGAUUCCGGGCGCCCGGAGCACCCCGGAGACAAAGACCUACCCCACCGUGCAGAUAGUCGGCUACCAGGGUAGGGCGGUGGUGGUAGUGUCGUGUGUCACCAAGGACGCUCCCCAUAAGCCUCACCCAUAUAAACUGGUGUCGAAGUCCAACAACAAAGAUUGUAGAGAUGGGAUCUUCCAAACGGAAGUAAAUGUCAAAGGUCCAUUCCAUCUCGUAGAUUUGAAAAAUGUGGGGAUUCAAUGUGUGAAAAGAAGACGUAUGGCCAACUCGCUUAAACUGAGAGAGGAACUCAAAAUCGAUCCUUUCAACACCGGUUUCAGUCACAGGAACCAACCGACCUCGAUCGACCUCAACACGGUGAGGUUAUGUUUCCAAGUGUUCCUCGAAGGGGACACGCCGAGGAAGUUCUCGGUGCCUCUGACUCCCGUAGUCAGCGAGCCCAUUUACGACAAGAAGGCCAUGUCUGAUCUGAGCAUCACCAAGUUGUCGGACUGCGUCAGUUACGUGGACGGAGGCAGGAAAGACAUGAUCCUCCUUUGUGAAAAAGUAGCCAAAGAGGACAUCCAGGUCCGCUUCUUCGAAGACCCCGGCGACUGGGAGGCCUACGCCGACUUCCAGCCCUCCCAGGUGCACAAGCAGCACGCCAUUUGGUUCCGCACCCCCCGCUACAAGACCCUCGACGUCACCGAACCCGUCAAGGUCUUCAUCCAACUCAAACGACCCUCUGAUGGCGCCGUCAGCGAACCUCUGCCUUUCGAGCUGUGGCCCCUCGACUCAGACCCAGGUGCAAAUAAGAGAAAGAGACAAAAAAUGGAGAAUCCUGAACAGAUAAUUAGGAACUUGCAAGGACCUAAUAUUGCAGGACCUUCACAAUUCGUAGGGGCAAGUUUUACCAUAAACCAGAUCAAAUCGGAACCAAGAGGUUCCCCUUCUCCUUAUGGAGGUUCUGUCAGUUCAUAUGGGGGCGUCAGUCCAAUGUACAACAUUGCAGCAUCCCCCCAAAGUCAGACGAUGUGGGAGAGCCCCUCCCCGGUGAUGAUGGGAGCCCCGGGCGCCACUGGCCAGCCCAACCAGCAGUUCUGGCUGAACAUCCCCGUCGUACCCCCCACCGUCAACCUCCCUGCCGUCCCCCCCGUUGCCCCCGCCACCGAUCUCAUGGAACAAUCGAACAACGAGAUUUUCAAUCUGGACAGCGGCGAAAUCGAAAAGUUCGUGCACAGGGCCUAUGACUUGCAGGAUAUACAGGACCCUCUGCCGAAUUUGGACAACAUGUCGUUGUCCGACAUGAACAUAAACAGCGAAAUGACGGAUUCUUUGACCAAUUUCACUAACAGAGCGGCGGAAGCAUGCGGACUCAUGGAUGUGAACAAACUGAGCUGA